AGUUCAUUACUCGACUGGGAUGGAAUUUCCUUCCGCGGCGAGAUACAAGGUUUGUUUCCUUGGACCUUCAUGCACAUACAUGUAGUCGAUAGCUGUGAUGUGCACAAUCUGCUUGCCUAGCGCCAGCAGUGAUAUGACGGCGGCGGUGGAAAAUGACAACUUUGGAGUACUUGCGCGAGCGGCAGCUCAACCCAAGAAAGAUUCUUGCCUCGGGGACACAUCAAGGCUGGAAGCGUUCCUUGCUAGUUGAAUCGUUUCCUCUCGCUUGCCGAGAACGGCCACUAUGCUUUGGACAGUCGGACAAAGUGUUCUCUUCCCUUUGGCUGUCCGAACAUCAGGUCCUUUGCGGCACGAAAGACAAUCAGGUAUUACUCUAUGACACGGUGGUCAGCAAGCUGAUCAAGAUUCCCACUAUCCCACGGCCACUGGGUUUUAGGGGUGAGCAAUGCACGUCACCCCGUUCAGGUAUGCACAGUCUGGCUCGUAGUCCAUCCGGUGACAUGCUGGCGGCCGGUGGUGAAAAUGUGCGUGAUGUGGCCUUCUACCGACUACCCAGCCUUGAUCCGUAUGCUUUGGGAUUGGGCCACCAAGACUGGAUCUUUGCCCUGAAGUGGCUGAACGAUGACAUCAUCCUUUCAGGGUCGCGUGAUCACCGUCUGUCAGUCUGGUCCUUAGCAAACACACGCGAAGGCUCAGUUAUGUCGCCAGUUGCUUCGUAUUGCUUCGCCGACUCGGACCUGGUGCGCGACAUGGCGCUGUGUCAACGAAAACAGGAAGUAGCCUUGCUUUCUCCGAAUGGCCGCUUGGCUUUCAUGAACGUCAGCGUAAUGGUCAAGGUGCACACGGUCCAGACGCCGGCGAUAACGGACAAUGUGUGCGUGACGAUCAACGCCGAUCAGAGCAUGUACGCCGUGGGGUCGUCGGACUGCUUUCUACUGGCUGAUACGUGUUGCUGUUUGUGGAGGAGACGUGUAGCGUUGCCUUGUGGCAUACAGGCGGUGCGUUCGUUAGCAUUUCAGGACCAUUUACUGACAGUUGGCUGUGGCUCUGGUGAAGUUUUGACAUACGACACGAGAAACGAGAAGUAUCUUGGCAGCUUGUCUUCGCCAGCCAAGUUGGUGCCUCGCCAGGGAUAUAUGCGUGCCAGUGAUCUUCUCGAGUACCAAGCGCACAUUGGCAACAAUCGUAUCUUCCAAGCAGUCUACACGGUGGCUCACAGUCCGUCUGCUCAGCAGCUUUUCGUUGCAGGUGGCCCACUGAACGCUCCGUUCUUCGGCAAUUUUGCCUCCAUUUAUCAGUGACUUGUGUGUCUUUUCCUGUAUGGACAUAGCUGAAUUUAACUUCUUUGUAAGUGUUGCUGUUGUCUCUCUGACACACUAGAAGCUGUCAGUCGUGUUCCCCGACCCAUGCCAGUCGUGUUGACAGCUUGCCUGCUUUAUUCUUUGACUGGAGGUUUCGAAUGGCACACUGUUCCAGCUGUGCAUGCACUUCUUUUUAUCUCGCGACCUCUCUGUGUGCAAUGCGUCAUCGCAGGAUUUCGGAUUUCUCCCAUUCUCUCUAUCUUUCUCUACUAUACCUAUCGAUCACCCGCGUGCAGAUUUUCAUUCUUCAGUCGUAUUCAUGUCACUAUAGGGGGAAAGCGAAAACGGUAAAGGAAUUAGGCUAUUGUUUAGUAUCCGCUUUUCUGAUUACUACUUGCAUAGCCCUUGUAAGAAUCGUUUGGCUUCAUUUUAAUUCUGUCAUCCCUACUAGAGCUAGCUAGGAGACUGUGCAGAACUGGGCUAGCUAUUACAAUAGCUAUUAUAAUACUAUUUUGAUUCUUCUAGAUCUGCUAGGGUUUCAUUUUCUUCGAUACUUUCUAUCCGCUUGAUUCGAAUUACUUUUAGGUAGGUUUGAUUUCAAUUUUAGGUUUGAUUUCCUAUUCCUUUAUACACAGCAUUGACUAUUUAUUUCCUUUAUUCCUGCAGCAGCUCUAUCAUAUUUGCCACUGAUCCAUGUUCUCUUC